AUGGCUUUAAACAUGGCAGGUAUACAUCGCAAUCUAUCAGCUCUCUCCAACGCAUCGACCAUAUCCCGAACAAGACUCCAGCCGCAUUUAAAAGCAACUCAGCAAUCAAGCUAUUCUUGCCGAAAUACUCUUAGUCCUGAGCCAUUUGAGCCUGAUUCUGGAUUGAUAAACAAACUCAAGCCAAAAAUCGAUCCAAAUGAUACUUCUCGACACUACGUUUUUGGAUAUGGCUCAUUAAUUAAUCAUAAAUCUCGCCUUCGCACAUUCUCUGAGCCCACCGUUGCAUUUCCUGUAUCAGUCAAGGGUUUGCGACGAAGUUGGAGCUACCGCUGCUCUCGCCGUCAUUAUACCGCUGUAGCCGUCAAACGCUGCUCUGAUCCAUCCGUUAAAACCAAUGGUGUUUUAAUCCCCAUCAAUCAUCCUGUCAAUGACCUCGCACUUUUAGACGAUCGUGAAAAAGACUAUGUUCGCUCCAUCAUUUCACUUGACGAUAUCGAGUUCUACUCUGAAUCGCAUAAACAGCAACUCAUCUCUCCAACCCUUUAUGGGCAACGUGUUGUUAUCUGGCUUUAUGAAGACCCAACUGGUCACAUCAGCACUGCGAAAACGCAUACACCUUGCAUUCAUUGCCCCAUUCCGCAAUCCUACAUUGACUGUAUGAUUUCUGGAUGUCUUGAAUUUGGAAUUCAUUUUGCUCAACAGUUUGUUGCUUCUACUGAUGGAUGGGAAGGUACUUGGCUAGACGAUCGGUUUGCUUCAGACGCAUUAAAAAAGUAUGUUCAAAGACGAGAAAUUGGUGAGGUAUUGGUAGACGAAACUCGUAUUAUUGUCGAUUGGUUGCUUGAAAGUUUGCUACCGUAUCAAUAUGCUUCUAGACUGCGUCCCGCUAUCACUGAUAAAUAA